AUGAGAGUAUUCGAAAAGUUAGCAAAUUUCACCUUUUUCGUUUAACUAUUCGCAACCUUUUUUUGUCAAGAUUUGUGCAACAAUUAAAUUUUAAUAUCUAAACAAACAUUUUUUAGCUGUGAGUUAGGUUAGUAAAACUAGAUAAUUGAAGGAUAAUAUCUUUUAAAAAAUAUUGAAAAUUAAACAUCAUCUUUUACUUUGAUAGGUUGGUAUAACUUUUAGGGAAAUAUGGAUUAAGAUUAUUUAUUUUUUUAAGCGAUAGAUAAAAAUAAUUAACACAUUUUGUCUAUUUCCUUAAAUCCUAUAUAGCUAAAGAUUAAAACAAUUCUAUUUGGUUUGUAUAAUCCUAGUGAUGAUUUAGUUAUUUCAGCAGGAAAUUUAUCUAGUAUAUACAAUAAUUGGUUUUUUUUAAGAAUAACAAUAAAUCUCAAAUAUAGUUCAACUAACUACUAUGUUCACUAUUUGUUUUACAACAAAGAUACAGAGAGCUCUGGUAUGAACCUAAAUUCUACUCCAUUCAAAGAGUUUAGUAGAGUCUCGAGCAAAAAAUAUUUUGAUAACUAAUAUUUUCAAAUUUUUAUAGGUUAAUAAGCAGUUUACCCCUAUUCUGCAGCUUGUUCAAUUGUUAAAUAAAUCAUCUUAAUUAUAGGUUAGGCUACUUAAAGCAUAGGUUAAAAAAUUUCAUUCUAAGAAAAAUAGAUAUUAGCGGAAUAGGUUCUUUAUUUUAAUUUUGGUUUUGGAUCAUCUUGGCCUUCUUACUAGUUUAAUUAAGCAACCAACUAUUUCGGGUAUAGCAAAUAUAAUAAAUAAUCAAUCUUUAAUGAUUUUACAUUAAACUUGCAGUGCAGCGAAAGUUGGUAAGUAGGUUAAUUCGAAUAUGAUGCUUCUAAAGGUGUAAUGAUUUCUAUAGAUUUUAAAGUAACUGGUGAAUAAAUAAAUUCAUUAUCAACCAUAUUUUUGCUAGAAAAAUAAUAUACUUCUAAUAAGUAGAUAUUUUAUGAAAUUUUAUCUGAUAGCUACAAUUCAACUUUACUUUAACUCAGUGAAUCUUAUUUAGGAGUUGUUAAUAGCAAUUUUGUUUAUGUUUCCUUAAAUAAAUGGCACAGUACAGUAAGGGUAUUUUAAGGAACUUUUUUUGCCCCUUGUGCUAAUUGCUUGGCUUAGACUGAUAUAGUAAAUUAGCAAAAUUGUCUUUUAUGUUAGUCAAAUGCUUUAACUGUUAACUCAAUUUUUAGCAAUUAUUGUUCUAGCUUAAGCUCAUGCCCUUUACAAUAUAAAAUAAAAAUAUAGCAAAAUGUAUGUGAUUAUAAUGAUAGCACUCCAUGUGAUUCCACUCAACUAUCAUAUAAGAUGAGGUUUAAAUCUGAUGGAGACUGUAUUUGCCCUUUAGGAACUUUUUAGAACUAAAGCACAUGCUCUGAAUGUCCUGAAUACUGUGUUUUAUGUGAUUAAGCUACAGUUUGUACCUAAUAUUUAAUUAACCCUAAUUUAAGAGAUAGUAUUACAGGAAAAUGUUAACUAAAAGAUGCUUUUGAUGAUGGAAUAUCUUGUAUUUCAAGAUUUAUGAAGAUUCCUAAUCGUAUUAAUACAAAAAUAAAUUUACCUAACAAAAUUAUAGAUUGUUUAAAUCUAAAUUCUCUUAUUUAGACUCAAUAUUUAAUUAAAAAUGAUGCAUUUAAAAUUGGAACUUCUUCAAAUUCUUUUUUUAUUAGUCUCAGUUUUAAUAUAAUUUCUCCUACAAAAAAUGUUGGUGAAUCAUAUACAAUUUUAUUUAUGUAAGACCAAAAUAAGCAUAUAUUUACAUUAAUAGGAGUUUUAUUAGAUAACAACAGCAUUAAUUUACAGCUUUUUUCAGGAAAUGAGAUAAUACUGUAAACUACAAUAGGAUAUAAUUUAGAUAUAUGGAUUGGACUGUAUACAGAUCUUUCUAAUUUCAACUUAAUAAUAAAACAAAAAAGUGCUCCAUUAUCAUUUUAUUAAGUUAAAUCAUAAGGUUUAGACAAACUUUUAGAUCCAGAAUUAUAUGUAGGAGGUAUAAUUUCUUUUUAUAAGGCAACAAACUAUCCCUUAUGUGGUAGUCUACUAUAAAAUGUUUUCAUUUUAUAUGGAGACUAUACUAUGAAUUUAUAUCCUCAAACUCUUCAUUAUCUAAGCUUUCCUGAAAUGACAGUUAUAUUAGAAUUUAACUUUAGUGACUAUAAUUCUCUCCUCUUUUAGACAUAAUUAACUAUCUAAAAUAUAUUAGAUCCUACAAAACAAAUUACAUUCAAUACUUUAAAUCUUGGGUUUAACUAAUUUAAAGGAAUUCUUAUUGAUAAUAAUUCAUAAUCAAGGAUAUUAAUUACUUUAAUGCCACAAUUUGCUUUUAAGUUUAUGAUUUACCCAAUCAAAAACGAUAUUUUUUAUUAAGGGUAUACCUUUUUUUAAAUACUCGAUUAGGUAGAUGCUUAAGUAAUAGCUCUGAAAAUUUAUUAAGGAAAUUCUUUAUCAAGCAGAGCUAAGUUUUAUUCAAUUUACUGCAGACACUUCAAAUUCUAAGUUUCAUGUUGUAGUAAACUACAAAUAUGA